GGGCGGCCGGAAGGGGAAGCGCUGGCGGGACCGGCGGCGGCGCCGUUGCGGCGGGACCGGGGCCUCCCGGCGGAUCCCGAAGGAGCCGUAAGGAUCCCGGUGCUACCGGCAGGGGCGGCAGCGGCCCCUCCCGCGCUCUCAGAGCCUCCCCAAGCGGUGCCCGCGCUCCCUCCCUGCCGCCGGUAUCCAGGGACUCGGCUCCGUUGCUGAGGGGCCGGCCAUGGUGCGGCUGCACGUCAAGCGCGGCGGCGAGAGCCAGUUUCUGCUGGAGGCGCCGGGCAGCGCCCGCCUGGCCGAGCUGGCGCCGCUCGUCGCCCGCAUCCACAACGGGCGGCUGAAGGUGCAGCGCCUGUGCUCAGAGAUGGAGGAGCUGGCAGAGCAUGGUGUUUUCUUACCUUACAAUAUGCAAGGACUGACAGAUGAGCAGAUUGAAGAGCUGAAGUUAAAGGACGAGUGGGCAGAGAAGUGUGUCCCAAGUGGAGGAAGCACCUUCAGGAAGGAUGAAAUGGGACGAAGAAAUGGAUUUGCUCCAAAUGAAAAAAUGCAGCAAGUUAUAAAGAAAACAAUAGAAGAAGCCAAGGCAUUAAUCUCUAAGAAACAAGUUCAGGCCAAUGUGUGUGUUACUAUGGAGACGGUGACAGAUGCACUGGAGCAGCUCCGAGGGGCUGUCAUGAUUGUGUAUCCAAUGGGAUUGCCUCCACAUGAUCCAAUUAGGAUGGAGUUCGAAGAUAAAGAAGACUUGUCAGGAACUCAUGCUGGAACUGAAGUUAUAAAAGAAUCAGAAGCACAGUUGUGGUGGGCUGGAAAGCAGUUAGAAGAAACAAAGUUGCUCUCUGACUAUGUAGGCAAAAAUGAGAAAACGACCAUCAUUGUCAAGAUCCAAAAAAAAGGACAAGGAGCUCCAGGACGGGAGCCUGUGAUCAGCCACGAAGAGCAAAAAGAGAUGAUGCUGUACUACUACAGGAAGCAGGAGGAGCUGAAGAAACUGGAGGAGGAGGACGACAACUCGUUUCUAAAUGCUGAGUGGGCAGACAACCAUGCUCUGAAAAGGCAAUUUCACGGUGUAAAAGACAUCAAAUGGGGUCCAAGAUGAAGCUCUGCAAACCCCUUCCUAAGCUGCUUGGUUGAUGCUCUUGUUUGAAGCAAGGGGUUGUGUUGUGUGUGGUAGAUUCUUCUGACAGCAGCUGAAAUUGUCACUUCUGUGGCCUUAGAUGUUCAAUAAAUGUUUGUAUUUCUCUGUGACUGCAGCAGCACUUUCCUCUGCAAAGAAAUGGACAAAUUGUCUUGACACUUGCUAUUUUAUUAGAAACUUGUAAUUGGAUAUGGAAAUGUCAAUCUCUUUCAUAGGUAAGAAAUGUAGUAAAUACGCACUGGAAUGUU